AUGGUUACUAAUUCGUAUUUUAGCGGCGGCAAUCAACCUUCCCUGCAGUCAGAGAUCUCUCUUUCAAGCAGCGUUGAAACCGUUCUAGAGAGAAUAUACGGGAAACACAAACAUCCUCCGAUAAAGGCAGAGACAAGAAGGAGACUUUCUUUGCUGCCUCAGGAUGUGGCUUUGCAAACGCUAAGUAAAGUUUUUAAUGUGGAAUAUGUUAAAGGAACCCUUGAUGGGUUCAUCAACUAUCUUCUUGACCAGACCGUUUCUGUUUAUGGCUCUCCACUUCCCUGCUCCGGCGUGUCUCCGGUUCUGUCUCCUAGAACCCCUGGCAAAAAAAGUUGCAGGCUUUUUCAUUCAGAGAUCUCUCUUCUUGAUUAUGAAGUUCCUUCUCCCAAGUCUUUGAAACUAGAAGUCAAUGGUGGAUCUUCUCUGCACAUUCCUCCUCUGCUCUUAGCUUUGAGUGAGCUUGAGUUUAAGAAAGCCUUUCUUUUCCUUAGUUAUAUUCCAGGGUAUGUUUGGUAUCCACCUCAAUUUUAUCUCCUUUCUCUUUUAUUGGUAAUACUAAAAAACCUUUUUGAUGUGUUAAACAGGAAACAUUUAGGCCAGGUUGAAAUAACUGCUGAAGAGAUCAGACAAUGGAAGAAUUUGACUAUGGUUGCAUAUGAAGCAGCGGUGUGGGACCGCUUGGGCCGGCAUUAUUGUCCAUCAACAGACCGUAGAAAGUCGCUUCAGUGGGAUAGCGGGAACACUAACUACUAUCAGUGUCAUGUUUCUCCUGACGGUAGUUACAGAUUCAAGGGCCCUCUUAUGGAGAACACUGGAACACACCUGCACAAUGUUUUGGGUGAUGAGAAUGUUCUAACCGUCAAAUUCGCUGACGUGCCAGGUGAAGCAACCUAUUGUAACGACAUAUACUCUACGUACAAAGGGAUUGCCAAGAAUGGUAUCAUGGUCGGUUUACGCCGUUAUCAGUUUUUUGUUUUCAAAGAUGGAGGAAAAGAAGAAAAGAAGAAAGAUUUUUCUGGAAAGGGAGUUAAAUGUUACUUUAUACGCACGGACUCCACAGCUUCGAAUGAUAUGGGAAAGCCCUAUAUCUUCUCUGGGAAGUCAAUUCAUGAAGCACGUAUGCAUUUUAUGCAUGUUCAUACAUUGCCAACUUUGGCCAAAUAUAUGGCAAGGUUUUCUUUAAUUCUGUCAAAGACUAGGAAGCUUGAAGUUGACACGAAUGGGAUUGCCUUUCAGCAAAUUGAUGAUAUACACUGCCAUGAUCAAUACAAUAAUGAUGUUCUUGAUAAGAACCAGAAGCCUUGCAUACACUCAGAUGGAACUGGCUACAUUUCCGAGGACCUUGCUCGGAUGUGUCCAACAGAUAUUUAUAAAGGGAAACGUGUCAGAAGUGACAAUAUGCAGGUCUUUCCUCUGUUGAUACAGUUUCGGAUGUUCCAUUAUGGGUAUGCUGUUAAGGGGACUUUUCUCUUGAACAAGAAAGUAAGUAGACACUCAUUCAUUUCACAAAGUCAGGCUUGCAAGCUAUCCCUAAACUUCUCUCCACUAUUUGGGCAGCUUCCUCCUCGGACCGUCCAGGUUCGACCUUCUAUGGUCAAGGUGUCUGAAGAUCUAGCCUUGUGUAAUAUUAGCACCUUUAACUCUCUGGAGGUUGUCACUACAAGUAAUCCACCAAGAAGAACAAAGCUAUCAAGAAACUUGGUUGCUCUUCUGAGCUAUGGAUGUGUCCCUGAUGAAUUCUUUCUGGAUAUAUUGCGCAGCACGCUUGAAGAGUCCAAAACCGUAUUUGACAACAAACGUGCUGCAGUCAGAGCUGCUCGUAAUUAUGGGGAUAUGGACGAGUAUAACGCUUUACAAAUGAUCAUGUCUGGUAUCCCACUUGACGAACCACACUUGAAGGAUCAUCUGUCUAUUCUUUUAAACACAGAGAAGAAUGAUCUCAAAGCAGGAAAGCUUCUUGUUACCGAAUCAUACUAUCUCAUGGGCACAGUUGAUCCCACCGCAAAGCUCAAGCAAAAUGAAGUCUGCGUCAUCCUCGAGUCAGGUCAAAUUUCAGGGGAUGUAUUAGUUUACAGGAACCCUGGAUUACAUUUUGGAGACAUACAUGUACUUAAGGCUACAUACGUUAAGGCCUUGGAAGAGUAUGUAGGAAACUCCAAAUAUGGUGUGUUCUUCCCUCAGAAAGGUCCAAGGUCUUUGGGGGAUGAGAUCGCUGGUGGUGACUUUGAUGGUGAUAUGUAUUUCAUAUCCAGAAACCCCAAGCUACUGGAAUACUUCAAACCAAGUGAACCAUGGGUGAGCGCUUCUCCUCCUAGUAGAGCUUAUACUGGUAGAAAGCCAAGUGAACUCUCACCUGAAAUGUUGGAAGAAGAGCUUUUCAGAAUGUUUUUGAAGGCAAGGUUUCAUUCCAGCAACGUUAUAGGAGCAGCUGCAGAUAGCUGGCUGACGAUAAUGGACCAGUUCCUAACUUCAGGCGAUGAGAGAGUUAAGAAAAAGGCUGGAAUGCUGAAGACUAUGCUAAAGGCUAUUGAUAUAUACUAUGAUGCUCUUGAUGCACCAAAAAACGGGGCUAAGGUCGAUCUCCCGUUAGACUUGAAGUUCGACAGUUUUCCACAUUACAUGGAGCGUAAAAAUAAGAAAAUUUUCAAGUCCACUUCUAUUCUUGGAUUAAUCUAUGACACUGUAGUAUCUCAAAAUGAAGAGGUGCCACCUCCAUGUGAAAUUAAGAAACUCCAGUGUUUUGAAGAUGAGCCAGUCUCUGAGUUUUACAUGGAAAAAUGUAGUCGCUGGUACCAGGAAUACAAAACUGAAAUGAGCCAGGCGAUGGAAACCGAUGUGAAUGAUAAGAAGGAAUUAGCUAGUGAGGUCAUCCAAAAAUACAAGAAGGAGUUCUAUGGUGCGGCAGGGUUUGUAGACAGCAGGAAAAGCCUUGAUGAACUCUACCAACAAGCCUUGGCACUUUACAACAUCGUUUACGAUUAUGCCAUCAUAACGAAUAAAGUUCGUUGUUGCGGGUUUGUCUGGAAGGUUGCAGGACCAGUCCUCUGCAAAUUGUAUCUUAAGAAAACGGAGGAAAAGUCAAUCCCCUGUUCAGUUUCUGUGCUCAAAGAGCUUUGGGGUUGAACUCGUUUACUUGUCCUGUUCUUUGUUGAUUGUCUAAUAGGUUGAGUGCUAGGCAAGUAUCUUAGUUAAGUAACCUAAAUAGUUGGCUAAGCUAUAUG